AUGACUGAGCUUCCAGAGAGCAAGGUCGAUGUUCUCAUCAUCGGGGCUGGCCCGGCUGGGCUGAUGCUGGCUCUCUGGUUAUCCAGACUUGGUGUCAAGACCCGUAUUGUUGAUAAAAGGACCGCCAAGGUCUACUCUGGGCAAGCAGAUGGUUUCCAAGUAAGAUCUCUCGAGAUCCUGGACAGUUUUGGCGUCGGGGAGCAUGUAUGGAAAGAAGCGAAUCGCAUGCUUGAGGUCAGCUUCUGGAACCCCGAUGAGAACGGAACGAUCCAGCGCAGCGCCAAAUCGGUAAACACCAUCCCGGGCCUCUCCCGCUUCACCGAAUCCGUCCUCCACCAGGGCCGCAUAGAGCAGUUCUUCAUCGACGGCAUCCGCGCCUCCUACGCCUCCGACAACCAAGAUCCCCUCCAGGUCGAGCGCAUGGUCAUCCCGACCUCGCUUGAGAUUGAUGCGUCCGCAGCCGAGGACCCGGACGCGCACCCCGUGACGGUGACACUGCGGCACCUAACGGAGGAGGAGGCGACGCCCACACAGAAGCUGAGUAAUCUCAGCGAUGGGCUCUUUAGGAGUAACCUCGCCGACGACGAUGUUGCGGGGAUUCUGGAUAGGUCCAAGGAGAGGGAGACCAGGGACGAGGUUGUGCGGGCCAAGUACGUCGUCGGCUGCGACGGGGCGCACUCGUGGACGAGAAAGGCGCUGGGGAAGGAGUUUGAGAUGAAGGGGGAGAGCACUGAUGCCAUUUGGGCUGUGAUGGAUAUUGUUCCCAUCACCGACUUUCCCGACAUCAGAUUCCGGACCAUGAUUCAGCACACGGCCGGCGCUUUGAUGAUAAUUCCCCGCGAGAAUAGGAUGGUCCGCCUCUAUAUCCAGCUGAAGGAGGUCUCAGCCGGAGGCGGCCGCGUCGAUAGAUCCCAGAUCACCCCGGACCUCAUCUUCAAGUCGGCGCAAAAGAUUUUCAGCCCGUACAAGUUGGAAUACCACUACUGCGACUGGUGGACGGCCUACCAGAUUGGUCAACGAACAGGCGAUCACUUCAGUAAACUCAACCGCGUCUUCCUCGCGGGAGACGCCGUGCACACGCACUCUCCGAAAGCCGGCCAGGGCAUGAAUAUUUCCAUGCAGGACAGCUACAACCUCGGCUGGAAGAUCGGCCUCGCAUGCAAGAACAUUCUCCCGCGCGACGUCCUCUCGACGUACGAGCUUGAGCGGAAAAAGAUUGCAAAGGAUCUCAUCGCCUUUGACGGCAAGUUCUCCAAGCUCUUCACGGGCGCUCCGCCCAAGGACAUACAGAGCGAGACGGGCGUGUCCGACGACGUGUUCCAGAAGGCGUUCCACACCAGUCGGAUGUUCACGACCGGCAUCGGCGUAAAUUACCAACCAACCGUCCUCGUCGCCAAAGAACAAGAAGCCGACGCCAAAGAUGAAGCCAACGCCCUCGCAAAGAGCGCCGCAAAGAGCACCCAGGCCCUCGCGACAAACUGCAAGCUCGGCCAGCGCUUCCCGUCCUACAAGGUCAUCCGCCAAUCCGACGCCCGCCUCUGGGAGCUGCACCACAAGCUCCCUUCCAACGGGCGCUUCCGCCUCGUCGUCUUUGGCGGCGACAUCUCCCAACCACCGCAGCGCGACGCCGUCAACGCCCUCGGCGCGUGGCUGUCGCGUUACCUUCCCACGCUGCCGACGAUCGGCCUCUGCCCCGCGUCGGACCCGCACAGCGGCUCGAUAAAGUUCAAGACGGACGAAGACCCGUCCGUCGUGGACGUUUUGCUCGUGCACGCUGCGCCGCGGGACAAGGUGGAUCUCUUGCGAGACGUGCACGAGACGUAUCAUCCGUUUGAUAGCAAGCUUGGCUGGGAUUAUGACAAGGUAUUUGUCGAUGGGAAGACGUUUUACGGGGAGGAUGAGAGGGCGUAUGAGAAGUAUGGCAUUGAUCCGGUCAAGGGUGCUGUUGUUGGAUUGCGACCGGAUGGGGCGACCGCAAAACUAUUCCGAGAAUUGCGCCCCAGCACCUCGAAGGUCUUUGGUCUGACCAUUAUUGGGCUGAGCUUCGUCACCAGCGGCCCUUAUAGCUCCGGGAUAGAGCCGAUCGACCAUCGCGACUACGUCGGAGGCACGCUGGACUCGUUUUUCCUGUCGCUCAUGGCCGCCAGUGCGAUCACUGCUCGCGAACUCAAGGCCGAUAUCUUCCUCGAAGUCUCGGAGGCGAUUGCUGGCUCCCUCCGCGACCUUCUUCUCCAGGGAAAGCUGUCCCCCCGAAGCACUCCUACGAAAUUUCAACGUUAG